AUGGCGCUCCUACUUCUUCCCCUCGAGGUCCUCACUCAGAUUAUCGAAGAAACGAUGCCGGAAGGCUUUGUGGGUAUUAUUUCGACUUGCAAGACGGUCUACCAUGCAAGUGGAAAUCUGCGCGAGAAGCACAAUAGAUUGAGUCGACACUACAGGGACUUUAAUUACACCUUUGAACACCACCAGGAUUUUUCCUGGCAUAUCCUAUCAUCGCUCCAUCUGCUCUCUAAGAUCGCGGAUGAACCAUUGAUUGCGAGAUACAUCGUAUCGGCGAAUUUCACGUUAGACCGGAUUCCCUCCGGUAACACCAUCCAAGCCCAUAUCAAUCAUAUCAAGGAUUCGUCGAACUUAUUGUCUUUGCUUGAGAGAUCACCAUACCUGCGGAGUACCGGCAUCGAUCCUAGGUCCGUUUUGGAAUAUUUGAUAUCCGAGUACGUGGCGGAUGAAGUUGAUUCGGGAUUAGCACCAACUCUUUUGCUUACCUUGCUUCCUAACGUCAUCGAGCUCAGUCUUCCCGCUGGCUGGAAUUCCUUUAAUCAAAACCUCCCAGACAACAUUCCAUGUCCGAUAUCCUCGUGGCUUAAUGAUAUUGUCACAAGGGCGAACGAUCCGUGUGACUCGUCAGCAGGUCUUUCAAGGCUCACCACUCUACUUCCUUCCUCACGCUACCACGACCACAAUGAGAACAACUGGGCACUCUCCAUAUAUACCCCCUUUCUUUUUAUAAAAACCGUAGAGAAUUUCUUUUCCGGAGGUUGCAUGGUCAUCGAUGAUAACUAUACUGGCAUCCCAUUCCCCGACCCUCGAUGGGAAAGCUUUGGGGCGGGUCUCGAAGUCGCUGGGCUAUUUGGUGCUUAUUUUGAUGGCGGCAAACUGCAAAAAUUCCUGUCCAGACUCCCAAAAUUGCGAAGCCUCGGACUCAGCUAUAUGACGGAAUGGUAUGACACUGGCCAUGUUAUGGAUGCUCGGGCUAUCAUGGAAGCUGUUGAGGAUGCAGCUGGAGGGACUCUUGAACUUCUUUCGUUCACCGCAUACAAUUUUGAUGGUAAGAUAAAGAGGGGCGUCCAGUCCAUGAAGGGAUUUACUAAAUUGACUGAGUUGGAAUUGGAUAUGGAGCUACUGUUGAGUCGUGAAGGUGGUGAGCCGGAUGAUUCGGGGGAGGACGAGGGUGGGUCCAAGGUACCACGACUAGGUGAUCUGCUUCCUCCAACUAUUGAAUGGAUGUGCCUCAGAAUCUACAACGACUCCCCUAGCUCGCUCCGCGACUUAGCCUGUCUUUUCUCCGAGGUCGCUAUAGACAAAGACGAGAAACUACCGAAUUUGAACAAAAUCGAGAUCCGAUACGACAACUUUCAACUAGCAGAGCCUGGGUUGUCUUCGAAUGCUCCGUCCGAGACCAGCUUGUGGAAAGGUAGCACAACAGAUUGCUCGAUCCCACAAUGGCAAGCAGAGCUAGCAAGUUUGGCUUCCUCUGUAGAUAUCGAGUAUGUUAGUCUUCGUAAACGAGCAUCAUUAUUCUACACGAGGCCAUUUUUCCAGACUUGUUUGGACAAGAGACUUUUAGCUGAGAGUUAA